AACAGAAGCGCGUUCACGUGGUGGAGCACUACAGCAUCAUCAUCACAACACUGGAACACACCUCCAUCCAGACAUUUCAGAGCCUAGCAGAACAUUCAGAUUAAAUAUAAAGACAAAAUAAAGGCAAACGAAACAGAGGAUUAGAAUUAUUGUGCACCGGGAAGCUUUUUGUUUUUAGCAUCCAUCCGGAGUAGAAUUGGGAGAUUUUUUUUUCGUGUCUUUUCCACGGUGCUCUACACACCUUGUGCCUUUGAAAAAGCAGCGGGGAAGGAAACGGGGACCAUCUGAGAGGCGGCUGUCCAGAGAGGUGGAGGACAAUGGAGGGGAUGCAGGCAUAUGGAGCCGGGAAAGCCGGGGGAGCCUUCGACCCUGUCACCUUCCUCCAGCAGCCUCAGACCGUUCUCCGCAUAGUGUCUUGGCUCUUCUCCAUUGUGAUAUUUGGAUGCAUAGCCAACGAGGGCUACAUCAACCGUCCCGAUGAAGUGGAGGAGUACUGCAUCUUUAAUCGCAACCAGAAUGCCUGUAAUUAUGGUGUGUUCAUGGGCUCCAUGGCCUUUCUCUGCUGUGUUGUGUUUCUGGCUCUGGAUGUCUACUUUCCUCAGAUCAGCAGCGUUAAAGACCGAAAGAAGGCUGUCCUGGCUGAUGUUGCCGUUUCAGCGUUUUGGUCAUUCAUGUGGUUUGUGGGUUUCUGCUUUCUGGCCAACCAGUGGCAGGUGACCAAGCAAGAAGAUAAUCCCUUGAGAGAGGGAGGCGACGCUGCCCGUGCAGCCAUCACCUUCUCCUUUUUCUCAAUCUUCACCUGGGCGGGCCAGUCGUUCCUCGCCUUCCAGAGAUACAAGCUGGGGGCCGACUCCGCCCUCUUCUCCCAGGACUACACCGAUCCCAGCCAGGAUGCAGCCGGAGCGCCCUACACGUCCUUCGGAGGGGACGACUUGGAAAGCCCGAGCGGCGGAGGGGGCCAGGCCAACAGCGAAGGGGCCUUCGACGGCACUGGAGGCUACCAGCGUCAAGACUACUGAGAUGUCGGAGUGCAGAUACGCUUUGGGAGAUAUGUCGUUGCCCCAAAAAGAUCAUUUGAAGUAAUACUUUUGUUGUUUCUGUCACGCUGAAAGCCACUGCCUCAAACCGACCCCAGUUGUGGUCUCUAGUAAUUCAACUUUACGCAGUUCUGGUGGGCUGUUUUAAAGCAGCCCAUCACACAACCGUUGAAAGUUUCCUCCUGACAUGGCAACUCAGACUUAUUGGUUAUGAUCAGUAACAAAUUCUCUCAUAAUUAAAUGUUUGAGGGGACACCAUUGGUAGCAAAUAUGACACAUCAAUCACAGAAGCGGUUGCUACCAGUUAAGUUAUUCUUUCUGCUUUUAAUCUGUUUAUUAAAACUAAUUGUCUCCAAGAUGGAAAUCCUGGAUUUAUCUCCAGCAUACGUUCACACCCCUGGUCAAGAUGUUUAAAAGAAAGCAUUGAUUUGGAGACUUGAUGAGCCCAAGAUGCAACUUUUUGCUGCAUUUUUCUAUCAGUGAGUCCCAGAGGGUUUAUUUAUUUUUAUUUAUUUUUUUGGUUUGCUUCUCUUACUACCUUGGUCUCUUUGUAUGGGGUAAGAUAAACUUGGAAUAAACCCUUUUUAUUUCAUAGUUCCUAUUUUCAGCUUUUUAUUUAUUACUCUGACUGUAGACAUGGGUGAGCUAGGCUAGAAGCGUGUUUCUUUAUGCUGCAAUAAAGCUCCAGAUUUUUCAUACUUCUAUCAGAUUUAGAAUUAUUGAAAAUAAUCUUUUAAUUUUAUGAACAUGUUUAUUCUAUUCGGAGGUAAAAAAAAAAAAGAAGAAAUUACAGUUUGGAAAGGCUCAGCCAGGGUCCAAACUAGAGUCUGAUAGGAAUGUUAGCCAUAAGUGUAAGAUUAGGAUGACUGCAGACUUAAAGCAAAGAUAUAUCGUCAAUGUUACCAGUAAAAAAGUGAGAAAAUUGGACUGGCAAUUGUAAGAAGGGUACGACUCAGUAAAGCCAAUGAAGAUUCACUGAUUAUGGAAGAGAGCACAAAUAUGUUUUUGACACGCAAUUGUUUAAAUACAAUGUAAACAAAAACACAUGAAUAUCUUUUUUUAAAAUUCACUCUCCCUUUAUGAAGUUUAUUGUGUUCAACCAGAAACUCUCCUGUUUCCUUUCCUAUCAGGAGCAGAGUUUUGGUUGACUGAAAAUAGUUUUAAAUGUAAAUCUGGCAGGGGAAGGGAUAACACUGGCCUUAACUGUUUACAAAUGAAAUUUAUUUCUGUAAGUUAUUUUUCUUUCCCAUUUGGACAAGUGGAUAAGAGAAAACUGACGUUUGUGUCACCUCGUGUUUCCACCUAAAGGGCAGGAACGACCCAAGGUUGAUUGAGACUCUAAUCAGAUUUAGGAUUUACAGAUAAGAACAUUGUUGCACCAGCCAACAUAACCCAGCUCCUUCUUUUGUAGCAUAUUGUGCAUAUAAUGAACAGGUUUUAGGAUUAAUAAGGGGGCUAUUUCCCUAAAUUAAAUUCAACAAUCACGUUCAUCAGUUAACAUUAUUGGUGUAACAAAAUGCACUUUGAACAAAUUGUUUUAGAAGGUGACAACUGUAAACAAGUUGUGCUUGCCAUCAGGUCCAGUCUAUGUUGUUUCAAUACACAGUUAUACAAAAAUAAGAAAGGUGGAGGCAAGUUUAAUUUGGUUUUCUUAAAAGCACAUUCAAAAAACUGCUAGUACAUGUCAAAAUGUAUUUGCAUACAGUGACAGUGUGGAAUAUAUCUUAACCUAACUCAGAUGUAGGCAGCAUAAAUGAUUAAACUACAAUAACAGCAUUCAUGUAUGACUGUGAAACUAUGAAAAGUUUACUUUUUUUCCGUUUUGGGGCUUGGGCCUACACUUGUAAUUGCUUUUAAAAUUGUUUAAAUGAAAUGUCGGUUAAUUUUGAUUGAUUAGAGAUCUAAAAUUAAUCCAAAAACUACUAUUUAAAAACCACGGUGGUAGAUUCAAAGGCUGGGUCAUUUUUAAUAAACUAAACCACAAACAACAAACCAAGUUCUGAAGUGGCUCUUGGGGGCCCCCUGCUGGCUGGAGACCUUAAGCAGUAUUAGCUUGGUCAAGUCUCGGGAAAACAGGAAAUAAUAGAUUCCUAACUUAAAAGAUCUCAUAGGUAUUAUUGAUGGGGAAAAAAAAAUAUUUGAAAAAAUCUUAAUGUACUUUUAUCGUUUGUGAAUUGUUAAGGGGUCAAUAAGUGGCCAUGGUAAUUGUAAAACAAAAAAAACCCCACUAUUUAUCUUAAAGAUUUGGAUUUACUUCCCCCUUAUGUAUAAGUAUACACGUAAUAGGUUGCAAUUUUUAUUUAUUUUUGUCUGAGACUAUGCUAUUGCAGUAAAAGAUGCCUUUAUUUAAGGGCUUUUUAACAUUUUUGCCAGGGGUACCAAUAUGUGUGGAGGGUGCUGUAGUUAUGACUUGUAGCUUGCAGACAUAUUAUGUUUGGAUGAGUUCUGAAUUGGGGGUUAAGGAAGAUUUGGGGACACACGUAAAAUGAGAUGGAUAACAUUUGUCAUAAAAUGGAGGGAGUUUAGGAAACUAUAAACAGAUUGAGUAGUUAUUAGUUCUGACCACAUUGCUGUCAAUAAGAACAGUAAACGUUAGCUAUAAAAUCUGCAUAAGCAUUGCAGGUCAUAGAGUAGAUUGGUUUUUGAAAAGAGAAAUGGUUUGGUGCAAAUGCUUAUAAGUGAGAUAGAUUUUUUUUUUUCUGCUUUGUUUUUCUUUUGUUCAGUUGUUGCCUUAGUUUGGACUGCCAGGCAAAAUGCAACCAUCAAAGGCGACACACGUUACACCCAACAUCCCACACUACACUUUUCUUUCCUGGUCUUUUUCCAUUAAAGUUCAGAUUAUCACAUUUUGUGCUGGUUUGAUCUUGGAGGGCAUAAAACAACUGAACAAAACACAGCGGUUUUUGUUUUUUUUAAACAUUGUGCUGCAUUUUCAACACCACACAGGUCUUCGCCAAUGUUGUCAAGUUCCACAAAGAGGUUGUGUUGGUUUAUCUGCCACCCUUUCGGUUUUAUUUGAACACAUCUAUAAAAGAUUCAACCAUGAACCUCCUGGGUAUUUAUGAACAUGCAUUGCUCUAUUUUAUUCAACAAUAAUGUAUACCUAACUCCUUAUAAAUAUAUACAUAUAUGUAAAUUGAUAAUUCACUAUAUUUCAGUGUUUGACUGAGAGAUUCUGCUUUAUUUUAGGGCAUUAUGCUAGUUAUGUUUAAAAAUAAACCGAGAAGACAGAAAAAAGACGUUCUAUGGUCUGUUGAGUGUUAUUGUUAUAAGAUAAAUGAUGAGGCCGUCUAUGCCACAUCUUUUAUGUUGCUUUCAAGAUAGGAAGAUGUUUUUAUUUUGGGAUAACAAUACAAUAACUAUUAAAACGAACCAAAAAAAAAUGCAAAACUACUGAAGUAUAUUUACCCGUAUGUACUUUAUACCUCUGUGUAGUUGUAGAAAUGUGUGAUGUUUCUCUGUGAAAUCUGUUAAAACAAAGCAAGGUAAGAAUUAAGAACAACACUGGGUACAAAUGUCUGUUUUUUGAUGUAUCUGAUUUCUGUCAUAAAGAUAAAUAAAAUACUGAUAAAUAUG